AUGCCCCGGUCCGCCAUUGUACAAGAGUACAACCCCACUCCUACGCUCUCGGUCGAUCGCAAAUCCGCCCAGCACCAACAUGAAGGCAUCGUCGCGCGACCACCAGGCUACCGAGUGUCCUGGCACGCAAACCCAGCGGUAGAACUACACCACUUCGGCCAGUCACAUCCUAUGAAGCCAUGGCGACUCACCCUCACCAAACAGCUGGUGCUCGCAUACGGCAUGCACCAUGCAAUGGACCUGUACCAUUCGCGCGCCGCGACAGCAGAGGAACUGAACGAUUUCCAUUCGUCCGACUACCUUCAUUUCCUUCAGACAGUUAGCCCAGGGGAGAUAAACGAAGCAAAAAAUAUGAGCGAGAACAUCGUACGCUUCAACUUUGGUGAUGACUGUCCCAUAUUCGACGGUUUAUUUCAAUACUGUUCCCUCUACGCCGGAGCCUCCAUCGACGCCGCCCGCAAGCUCUGCAACAACCAAGCCGACAUAGCAAUCAACUGGUCCGGUGGCCUGCACCACGCCAAAAAGGCCGAAGCCAGCGGGUUUUGCUACGUUAACGACAUCGUCCUCGCCGUCUUACAGCUCCUUCGCGUACACCCGCGUGUCAUGUACAUCGACAUCGAUGUCCACCACGGUGACGGCGUCGAACAAGCCUUUUGGUCUUCCGACCGGGUCCUCACAGUCUCAUUUCACAAGUACGACAAGGAGAAUUUCUUCCCAGGCACGGGUCCCCUCGAUAGUACUGGGCCAACCCACCCCCUCAACCCAGGCGCUCACCACGCCGUCAACGUGCCCCUCCACGACGGCAUUGACGACGAGUCAUACGUUCAGCUCUACCGCGACGUCAUCGGCACCUGCGUAGAAUCAUAUCGCCCCUCCGCGAUCGUCCUCCAAUGCGGCGCCGACUCUCUAGGCUGCGACAGACUCGGCUGCUUCAACCUCAACGUCGCCGCCCACGGCGCCUGCGUCGCAUUCACAAAGACAUUCAAACUCCCCCUCCUCGUGGUUGGCGGUGGAGGCUACACACCCCGCAACGUCUCCAGGGCCUGGGCGCACGAAACCUCCAUUCUCGUCGACGCCGAGGACAAAAUCGAUCCCGUUAUCCCUAACAACGUCGCAUUCCGGAACCACUUCGGCCCCGAUUUUUCACUCUUCCCACCGCUCUCAGAGAUGCGCAAACUCGAGAAUAAGAACUCGCGCGCUUACCUACAGACUAUUGUGCAGACAAUCCGCGAGCAACUGAGAUACCUCCAAGCGGCGCCGAGCGUGCAAAUGUCUGUCAUCCCACCGGACUUGUUGGGGCUUAGAGAGGACACAGAGAAGGAGAUCGAAGAGGAAAUUGCUAAGUUAGAAGAGGAAAGGGAGGAGCAGGGGGAUGGUGGGAAGAGUUCAAGACGAAGGGAUGCGGAGAAGGGAGCUGGGCUGCGCGGGGAGUUAUAUUCUUGA